AAGGUGUGCGCGCCUGGAUUUAUAAACAGUAGAAAUACUCAGAAAUAUCGACUAAUGACGGUAAUAUUACGUACAGAGUCGUCGACUAUGUGGUCCCAUCGUAGGAAAAGAUGGUCGAGUAAGUAAGAAAUAAUGGGUUUCAACCUGACUGACAGGCUUAACGUCUUCUGCGUUCAGGAAUGCCAUUUCGUGAGCAACACAGUCGAGGCGAAUAGUUCCGUCUGGACAAAAAAUAAGCACCAAGUAUCAACCGAACCCCUCACAGCUGUGCUUCACGAUAGUGAUAACAUGACAUAUAACAAAAUAGUUAUUAUAAUAGUUAGUAAUGGUUUGGCAGUGCAUUUAGAAAGUGUAAGCCCCAAGUGCUGUGCGAGAUGUAUUUCAUUGAUUACCCGAAUCGAACCGUAAAGCGAAAAUGUUUUCAUGUACUCCACAUUUCAAAAUAAAAGUCCCAAACGGCGAAGUACAGAAGACAAGACGGCGAGAUCUGUUUAGGUGGUAAUUGCAUAUUAUAUAAUACAGUCUUUACAGGACUUUGUUUCCUCCUCAGGCCUGCUUCGGCUAUGGUUGUUUAAAUAGUCUCUAACUGUCAAAGUGAGAGCAGAAACGUUUCUGUCUCAAUGCAGCGCCCUGUUAGCAGCGCUAUUUAUUGCCUGGAGAAGAAGCAGAGUGUCUAUGGAGGACUCAGUCCUCAUCGUCUGGACAACGGCAUCAUAGCAAAUACAAAACAGGUCUUUUUUCUCUGGCCAAUCCAAAACCAGAAACGUGACAAGGUUGACUUUACUGCCGUUUUUCCGCGAAACACGGCGCUGGCAGUCGGUCACACUGCCUUUGCUGAAGCCCCCGUUCAAAAUGCACCGACUCCAGGUCAGUCAGUCAGUCAUUCAGUCGCCAGCGGUGGAGACGCCGAUCGGGAGAUGGAGCAGCUGGAACUGAUCCAAAUGAACUAGACACGAGAGUGCAAAUGUCACUCACUUAAAGCUGAGAGAUGGACACACAGUGUCACGCAGAAAAGUUGUAAAAUGAAGAUUUCAAGUUGGCGUCGUUUUCGUGUCAUCAUCGGAAAUUCGCUCUGACAGGAACAAAGUCUUGGAGUCUUGGCCUGCAUGCUGGCUGGCUGGCCGUCAUCUAUUAAGCAUCUACAGAGCAAAGGUAAAGGUCUUAUCUUAAGGUAAAGAAGUGAUGGCUAAGCAUGAGGAGAAGCAGCAGAGGCAGCAGUCCUGCCAGGCAGUGGGAGCUCCGGAUGGUGGUUGGGGCUGGGUGGUGGUGGGAGCCCUUUUCAUGAUCUCUGCAUUGGUGUUUGGACUCCUGCGCAGUCUAGGGGUCUUCUUUGUUGAGUUUGUGCAGUACUUUGAGGAAAGUGCUCAGGCUGUUUCCUGGAUAACCUCCAUAGGAGUGGCCGUGCAACAGUUAUUGAGUCCUAUAGGCACAGCUGCUUGUAAUGCCUAUGGAGCUCGUCCUGUUAUUAUGCUGGGAGGCUUCCUUUCUGGACUGGGACUCAUUCUGGCUUCUCAGGCUACAACACUCACCCAUCUUUACCUCACUAUGGGAAUCAUUUCAGGUUCAGGCUGGGCUCUGGUUUUCACACCUGGUGUGGCCUCAGUGAUGCAGUAUUUCACCGUACGACGCUCUCUGGCUAUGGGCCUGGGCUUUACGGGCGUUGGCCUGUCCUCCUUUGCCUUCUCUCCACUCUUCCAAUACCUAGUGCAGACAUACACUUGGCGUGGGGCGCUGCUCAUACUAGGGGCCCUCAGCCUCAACAUGGUGGCCUGUGGAGCCCUAAUUCGACCUCUUGGACCACCCAAAGUUGUGGAAAGGGCUGAAAGUUCCUCUAAGUCCAGUGGUUGUGGCUCUUUUUUUUCCCGUGUCUGUGAUUAUUUUGAACUGUCGCUGCUCUCACACCGAGGCUUCCUCACCUACUGCCUGGCCGUCACCUUCUUCAACGCUGGCUAUUUUAUUCCUUAUGUCCACCUGGUGGCCCACAGCCGCCUCGUUGGCUUCAGCGAGUACCAGGCUGCCUUCGUCAUUUCUGCUACAGGCAUGACAGACAUUCUGGGACGUGUGAUAUCAGGCUGGGCCUCGGACCUGCAACGCAUUCGGACGGUCCACUUGCUGACCACCUGGACGGGAUUAGUAGGCGUCUUUCUCCUGUUGUUGCCACUGUGUUCUCUGGGAGGAAACUAUGUGGGGCUGUUGGCGGUCAGCCUUGCGUAUGGGUUCUGUGCCGGGGCCCUGACGCCACUAGUGUUUGCAGUUGUGCCGCAGAUUGUAGGGAUGGAGUGCAUGCUUGGAGCUCUUGGCCUUCUGCAGCUUAUAGAGAGUGUGGGAGGCCUUCUGGGAGCACCAUUUUCAGGCUGGUUGAGGGACCUCACAGGCAAUUACACUAGCUCUUUUGUGGUAGCUGGCGGGUUCCUCAUCUUGGGCACCUUAAUAACAGCGACCCUUCCACAUUUCUUUUCCUGCACAAACCCUCCACCCCCAUCACCAAAGAAAAAGGCUAAAAAUGAGUGCACUGAAGAUGGGCUGCUUAAACAGACAUUCUCUGCGGACUGUGAACACGAGAAGUUACACGCUCUGGAGGAUGUACGUUACUCCGACAGAGAUUCAGAGAAAGCCUCAUAUCACAAUCACACAACAGAACCAGGUUCAGAAGCAGAACACGUACCUCUCACCGCAGACAGGACAGAGGCUGAGGGAGCAUGUGUUUGACACAGAAACUGACUGACUGCUAAUUUUAAACUACAAGUUUUUAGUGUGAAAAAUUUCAGUGCUGUGUUUCGAGAGAGGUCACAAUAGCAAGAACAGGCAAUGAUAGUAACCCUGACAGAAGAAACCAUCAUCACAGUCAACCUGUUUUAGGUAGGCUUAAACAUGCACUGUGUAUUUGCUACUUUCAGUCGUUGAUAAGGUUCUGACAGUCUAUAUUGAUUCUGUACUGUUAUUUUUUUUAAUUUAAGUUUUAAUGUUGAUUUUUAGAGUGAAAGGGUGAAAUUCUAGUUAUUGCAGGCAAAAUAUUUCUGUUGGCUAAUACAGACACGCAGAAGCAAUAGAAGCUGACAUACCAUUAAUAUACAGGGUACUGUUUCUUUUCACAUCUUACUGAUGCUAUGGCUUCCACCAUUACCAUAAAAGUAGCCUUAACAAAGGAUCAGGAUUCCAAAGCUGUGUCCAGGUGGUGUCCGGUUCACUGUAUAGUGCACUAUUUUGGGGUUAUGCCAUUUUGUAGCAGUGUCCAACAUAUUUAAGUUGCAUGGGCUCCAUAUGCCCCAUGUUAAUUCUAGACAUUUGAUUUUAAAAUAGAAGUUCUAAAGUGGUACAAAUAUGUCCCUUUCCUCUUGGAAAGUGGAGGUAGCGCACAUUCAAAACUGAUUUAUAGUACGCAAUUAUACCCUUUUUAUGACCGGGAGCACAAGCUGAAUAGCAGGCAGAUGCAAUGCCAUAGCAUUCAUUUACAUUCAUUUUCACAUAGAAAAUAUUCUUUUUGUACUUGAUAAUUGAAAAUGCUGCUUAUCUUAAAGGCACGCUUGGUCAGAACUAUUAAACUUGUAAACAUUCUGAAAAACAUUCUGACCUUUACCCUUUUGGCAUUAGCAGAUGCCCAUUCAGAUGACACAGUGGUAAUGAUACCUUUCUCAUACUUUUACCUCUCACUGACAGAAUCUGCACUAACAUGCCUUAAAACAUGCUUAAUGCAUGUUUUAGUUUAAUACUUUAUUUGUGAAGUCAGUAUGAUUGUUUUUACAGUUUUUACUGUUUUUCUGUUUCUUGUUAGGAAACCAGUGCUGAUGUUAUUGUGUUUUUUAUGUUUUGUUUUUUGUCUCGGACAUGAAUUCUAGUGUUUGUGUUUCUAGUGUUAGUAUAGAGACAGUGUUGUCUAAGUUUGACACUAGUCUCUGUUGUGAAGAUUUUAAAUAUUGAUAUUGGUUAGUUAGCACCUGUUAACCUGUUUGCCACUGUGACAAUUCCUAGAAAUACUGCUGUUGCUUAUGAAUGGGCAUAACCUUUACAAGGAAAUAGGUGUUUUAUUCAAAGGCCAGUGAAGGGACGGGUUCAUUAUUUGGUGACAUUCUUAAGCUGUUCUUAUGUUCUGAAUUGCCCAGCAGUUAGUCUGUUCGACCCACUUAAGAUUGAUUAAGUUAUUUAUUUAACUUAAGGUUUAUCAGUAGUGUUCAUUAGAGACUGUCAUUUGGCCAUGCUCUUACUGAAACAAAGAUUAUUGGGCCUCAUUCACCAAAAUCUUCCUACAAGGUUUUUUAUUUGUUAGAACAGUUAGUGAGAUGAGGCCCAUUGAUUUAAAGGGUUAUUGGUAAUUUAAGGGUUUACAUUCUAAAUCACAUUUAAAAGUAAUCUAUUUGAAAGAUACCCUGGGAUGUUUCAUUCCUGUGGAUUUUGGUGUACAGCAUACCAAGUGAUUUCUUGUUGUGUGUGAGCCACUGAAAUAUUCAGAAGGCCUGGAGGUCAGAAAACCUGAGCAACCAGCUGUGAGUUCUGCAGUUUCUUUAGUUUGUUGUGAGCAUACCAGAGGUAGUGCUUUAAAAGAAAACUUGAUUUGCUUUGAACUCUGGUCUUAACGCAAAAUAUAUGAGCCUUAAUCUGCAGUGGCUGGCAGCCUCGCUAUUGCCAGCCCUCACAUUCACACAAGAGGAAAGUUUAAAACUCUAAUCUCUAUAUCUGACACAGAAGAACCAUGGGCCUUUACAAAAAGACCCAUAAAGCUGCUGUUGAUAAAGAUUACUGUAGUGAUCAUAAAAUAUCUUGUCUGUAAAAAAACUGAUCAUCAUACCAAGCAAGAGUGCAUUUAUAUUUAUAUUUUUUCUUAUUUGAUAGCUUUAAUAUAUUUAUCACUUGAAUUGUAUGUUUUUUUUUUCACUUUUAUAACUUGUGACAUAAAUUUAGACCGGUAUACAAUACUUAGAUAUUGAAUUACAAGAUGAGUCAGAGACCCAAAGGAUUAAUAUCAUAUCCUUUUGUGAAGCUAAUUUCUUAAACAAAUAUUUCCAAAACAGAAGGUGGAGUGGAGUUCAGCUGAGGUUUGGGAGUAGCUGACUCUGCCUGUUCUUUUCUCUCUGGCAUCAUGAGCCUGAGGUUCUGACCCCAUUUUGCUGAAAUGCCUGGAUCUUUCCAGGAAAAUGACUACACACAAAUACAUGUGAUUAUUAUGUUCCAAGUUUAAUUACUGAAGUGUAUAUUUAUAAAUUGAAUAAAAUUUAUUUCUCUGUA